UGUUUCGGUUUCUAAGGUGACUGUACGUCGAACAUUCAGCCCUCACACGGUUUCAGUUUUUGCUUAUAACCGCACGAUUUCCUUCUACUAUUGACAGUUAUUUAUGUAAUUUAUAGAUCAAUCGAUUAAUGUACCCCAGGAUGUGCGCUACUAUUUGAAAAACCAACAAAGCACCGCAUCGCACCCUGGUCGAGUGGAUCUCGAGUAUCCAACUUAUGUCUAAAGAAAUACUGUCGCCAAGGUCUCUUGGGUUCAAAAAAUCUAAAAUGAUACUUUCAUAAAAUCUCACAAAACUUGUUCAGCGUAACACUCUAAUUGCACCAUAGAGAACCACUGGUGAGGGUAGUGCAUAAAUUAAAAACAUUUUACUUGCAUCCAAACUGAAUCAUAGUGUGCACAGUUUAAGGAUUUAAGAGCUCUUAAUAGCAGCGGAACUGCGAAAUUAUGUACAGCGGAUUAACCUCAAGAACCAAUUGAAACACUUAUUUACACAGACGUCUACCAUAAAAAGAACGUGACAGAAUGCGCGCGUUAAAAGAUUUUUAGGAGUUUAUUAAAAUAGCAAUCGAUGCACGUGCAGCUAUGUGGACAAACUGGACGUAUAUUUACAGAUACGUACGCGACGUCUUUGAAAAAAGAUCACGGUCUUGUCCAGGAAGGUGUUGUCAAGACGCCGACARGAGAACGAUUAUCAGCAAUAAAACCUGUGCGGUUUGCAUUUGUUAGUCUAUAUUGCAUACUUGUAUUAAUAUAUCUAAAUUAAAACGUCUGCGUAAAAAGGGUAUUCUGAUAACCUUUACGCUACUAAACAUUUUAUAACUUAUGAUCAAGUGUUCGAAUGACUAAAGAGUUUAGAUGGUGACUUUGGAAACAUGAAUAACAGUCUACGGUGGUCACUGGACAACAGUGGUACAGUAGCAUGGGGAAGGUUAAGAUAUCCUAUUUAUUAAAAUCAAAUAUAAAAAACUAUUCCGUUAUGUAAARGACACAGAGAUAAAUUGUACAUAUUUGUACGUCUUCAUACCAACGUAUUGUAUUACUUGAAUUUCGCGAAACUCAAUCUUCGUGAAAGGCUCCCAGGUCACGCUAACAAAACUAGAUUCCUUUGUGAUAAAGCAGAUUGGUUAUCAUAUGGAAGACACUAAAAGAUUAUUACGGGAAAACACAAGAUUGACUAACGAGCGCAAUGAGUUGUCUAGUGUGUUGGGUGAAGAAAAAGAAAUGGUUCGAUAUCUUCAUGGUGUGAUCAAGAACUAUGAACACCUUCUACGUUACAAUAGCAGCCAACGACAAAACAUAGUUUAUCGAAACAUGACAGAAGCAAAAUUCGAUCCCGAUUCGAUCUCGAAUGAAAGCCAAGCAAAGGUUCCAUCUAAUCUUCACAAAACAAUCAAAGACUCGUUGUUUGUGAGGCAAAGCAAAGAUAAAGUAAUGACAAGCCCGCGGUUGGAGUUUUCUUUAGAGGAACGUCAUCAAGACAUGCUUGGCUCACAGACUGUGAAAAGGGAGGUCAAGCAAAAAGCUUGUGUUGAAGAUGAUACGUGUUUAGAAGAUCUUGAAAUUCUGAGUGCUUCAUCUACAGAAGAACCAUCUCACAAUAGUGUAUUGCAGAGUGAUGAGAUGGACCGAAAACGUUGGAAUGAAACUCAAAGAGUACCAAAACAGAACGAAAACCAUUUGAAAACAUUACAAACAGUCGAUGGAAUCUCGCGUGAUGGACACCACAACUUCCCCGAUAACUACCAAAGAUUAAACAAUCGCUCACGAACACGAACUAACAAUGAUAGACCAUUCACUACUGGUAACACAUCACGUCAUCUUGAAACGUCCUUUGAUGCUGAACUAGACGAACUGAACAAAGAACUUGAUCGAAUCGCUAGUAAAUUAAGCAAGCAUGAGAAUUCACUCCUUCGUAGCGAGAAACAYUUGAGUAAAAUGGAACAUCGAAUGGAAUACUUGGAGAGUUUUGCGCUCGGCAAAGAAUCAGAGUAUUUAUAAAUGAUUUGUGCUAGUUAAUAUGCUGUUUACGUGCUACCAUAGAUACAACUUUGCAUUACAUGCACCAAAUCUUUUAUCAAACGUGUGGUAGUUAACCCGUGAAGUGUUUUUGGGAUCGAGGCGGAGUUAAUUGUCUUAUAUGAUAUUGUAGCGAUAGCAUUCCUAAUACAUAAACACUAAUGGUACGACCUGAGGACUGAAUAAAUGCAGUGAUAAGCCAUGUCUAACCACAAUUUGAGCGAGGUUACUUUGAUAUUAUACUGAUGUACGAUCUUAAAUGGAUAGAUUUAUGACUAUACAUAGACGAAUAACUACUGUAAGAAGAUUAGUUGGUUUGUGAUUUUAAGUAUAUGUGCAUGUACAGACAAUAUAGUUGCUGGCUACCAAUACGACAUACUCUAAUAUCACGUGAUCUUACUAGUCAGCUUAAUGUAGUAAUCCUCCGAUGGGCUGAUCAUGGACUCAAAUCAACUUUAAUUUUAYCAUUUUUGCAUUCCGUAAUCAGCACUUUGAUGUGCACAGCUCUUGAAACACUGAACAGACUAGGAACUGCAGCCAUACCUACCGCAUUCGYCGUAGAAUUCUUUGUAUAUUUCAACGAUUGUCGCGGAUAACCUUUGCCGCAAAAUUAGACAGACGCCCGAAUAGAGAUAUUUGAAAAUUCUGAUAAACCGCAGUACAAAGGCAAGUUUGACAAGUCAAAAAUUAGGAAUGGAUUAAUGGAAUAGGUGAAUGGAUGAAUGGGAUGGAUGGAUGAAUGGGAUGGAUGGAUUUUUUUUUAUUGCGAAUAAAAUACUGGAAAUAUG